UGUGUGGAAGGGCAGGUCAAGAGGCGGGGAGAGGAGUGCGGGCCGCACUCUGAGGCGGUCCAAGACACUGGCAAGCCGCAGAAGCCCAGUUCGCCGGCCAUGAAGCAGCCAUUGCUGGCGCUGCAGCUGCUGAAGCUGCUGCUGCUGCUCCUGCUGCCGCUGCCGCCGCUGCCACGAGCGCUGCGCGAGGCGCGCUGCUGCCCUGAGCCCUGCAACUGCACGCCCGACGGCGCCCUGCGCUGCCCCGGCCCCGGGGCCGGUCUCACUCGACUAUCACUCGCCUACCUCCCUGUCAAAGUGAUUCCAUCUCAAGCUUUCAGAGGACUUAAUGAGGUUAUAAAAAUUGAAAUCUCUCAGAGUGAUUCCCUGGAAAGGAUAGAAGCUAAUGCCUUUGACAACCUCCUCAAUUUGUCUGAAAUACUGAUCCAGAACACCAAAAAUCUGAUACACAUUGAGCCGGGAGCAUUUACAAAUCUUCCCCGAUUAAAAUACUUAAGCAUCUGUAACACAGGCAUUAGAAAGUUUCCAGAUGUUACGAAGAUCUUCUCCUCUGAAACUAAUUUCAUUCUGGAAAUUUGUGAUAACUUACACAUAACCACCAUACCAGGAAAUGCUUUUCAAGGGAUGAAUAAUGAAUCCAUAACACUCAAACUAUAUGGAAAUGGAUUUGAAGAAGUACAAAGUCAUGCGUUCAAUGGUACGACAGUGAUUUCACUGGUACUAAAGGAAAAUGUACAUCUGGAGAGGAUACACAAUGGAGCCUUCCGUGGGGCCACGGGGCCCAGCAUCUUGGAUAUUUCUUCCACCAAAUUGCAGGCCCUACCGAGCCAUGGCCUAGAGUCCAUUCAGACGCUAAUUGCCACGUCAUCCUAUUCUCUAAAAAAAUUGCCAUCGAGAGAAAAAUUUGCCAAUCUCCUGGAUGCCACGCUGACUUACCCCAGCCACUGCUGUGCUUUUAGAAACGUGCCAACAAAAGAACAGAAUUUUUCAUUUUCCAUUUCUAAAAACUUUCUCAAACAAUGUGAAAGCACAGUAAGGAAACAAAAUAAUGAAACACUUUAUCCUGCCAUAUUUGCUGAGAGUGGACAGAGUGGCUGGGACUAUGAUUAUGGCUUCCACUUACCCAAGACACCCCGAUGUGCUCCUGAACCAGAUGCUUUUAAUCCCUGUGAAGAUAUUAUGGGCUAUGACUUCCUAAGAGUCCUGAUUUGGCUGAUUAAUAUUCUAGCCAUCAUGGGAAACAUGACUGUCCUUUUUGUUCUCCUGACAAGUCGUUACAAACUUACAGUGCCUCGUUUUCUCAUGUGCAAUCUCUCCUUUGCAGACUUUUGCAUGGGGCUUUAUCUGCUGCUCAUAGCCUCGGUUGAUUCCCAAACCAAAGGCCAGUACUAUAACCAUGCCAUAGAUUGGCAGACAGGGAGUGGGUGCAACACUGCUGGCUUUUUCACUGUAUUUGCAAGUGAACUUUCUGUCUACACUCUCACCGUCAUCACUCUAGAAAGAUGGCACACCAUCACCUAUGCUAUUCACCUGGACCAAAAGCUGCGAUUAAGACAUGCCAUUCUGAUUAUGCUUGGAGGAUGGCUCUUUUCUUCUCUAAUUGCUAUGUUGCCCCUUGUGGGUGUCAGCAAUUACAUGAAGGUCAGUAUUUGCUUCCCCAUGGAUGUGGAAACUACUCUGUCACAAAUCUAUAUAUUAACCAUCCUGAUUCUCAAUGUGGUGGCCUUCAUCAUAAUUUGUGCUUGCUACAUUAAAAUUUAUUUUGCAGUUCGAAACCCAGAAUUAAUGGCUACCAACAAAGAUACAAAGAUUGCUAAGAAGAUGGCAAUCCUCAUCUUCACCGAUUUUACCUGCAUGGCACCUAUCUCUUUUUUUGCCAUCUCAGCUGCCUUCAAAAUGCCUCUUAUCACAGUAACCAAUUCUAAAGUUUUACUGGUUCUUUUUUAUCCCAUCAAUUCUUGCGCCAAUCCAUUUUUGUAUGCAAUAUUCACUAAGACAUUCCGAAGAGAUUUCUUUCUGUUGCUAGGCAAAUUUGGCUGCUGUAAACAUCGGGCUGAACUUUACAGAAGGAAGGAUUUUUCAGCGUAUACCUCCAACUACAAAAAUGGCUUCACUGGAUCAAGUAAGCCUUCUCAGUCCACCUUGAAGUUGCCCGCAUUGCACUGUCAAGGUACAGCUCUCCUAGACAAGACUUGCUACAAAGAAUAUUAACUGUUACAUCAGUAACUGCAUUAUUGAAUUGUUCUUAAACCUGUAAAAAAAAUUACCUGUAUCAGUAAUUUUAACAUCAAGGGUUGGAUUUAGAAAUUAUUUAUUUGUAGGUAUACUACGCAAGAGACCUCUACCUAGCAGAAAGUAUAGUCUAUGACCACUGCCAUUCUAAAAACUAUUUGUCACUGGUACAUGAUGACAUAAAUACCGAAGUUAGAAAUUUUUGUAGAAAUUUUGACACAGUAAUUUUGUUUGAUGAAUCUAAUAUUUUAAAAAAUUGAGGUGGCAUUUUGCAUAUCUGUUUUUCAUUUUUGUAAUUUGUAUUAAAUUCUAUAAAAAUAUUAGUUCAUAAGAGAUCAGAAAUUUAAAAUAACUGGCCUUUUUCUCAGGUAGCUUGAAAAACACACUCUAGAGAUACACUGUCUGAUAUGGUAGCCACUAGCCACAUGUGGCUAAAUUAAAAUUAAAUAAAAUGAAAAAUGUAAUUUCUCAGUUGCACUAGCCAUGUUUCAAGUUUUUAGUAGCUACAUGUGACUAGUGGUUAUCAUACUGGACAGCACAGACACAGAAUAUUUUUGUCACCACAGAAAGUUCUAUUUGUGCUAUUAUACAGACUUUUAUCUAUCCCCUGUCUGGAUUCUACUUAUUUAUAAUUUAAGGUAAACAUCUAAAAGCACAUUUCAGCUUAUUUGCUUACUGAAACAUUAAGCUGUAGACUGUGAACUCCUUGUGAGUAGGAAUCCUGUCUCAGUCCAUUUUGUUUUCCUGCUUCCUACCUCAAGAUCUUGGCAAUGGUAUACUACAAAUGUGCUGAAUUACAAUUACUCUGAAAUUAUGAAACAUAUAACUAGAGCUUAUAUUUUUAUUUGAAUAAAAAAAUAAAUUGUCUAAAUAUUUAAAAAUAAUUAAGCUUCAUGAUUUCCACCCUUUGGAGAAUAUAGAAAAAUACGUUCAGUAUUUGCUAGAAGAUAUUUUUACUUACUGAAAUUGGAUCUUAAAGGACAACAAAACUAUGGUUUUAACUAGUGUUUUUUCUAUGCUCCUCUGACUUUUUUUAAAGUAACUCUUCCUGAAAGCUAAUUCUACCCCAAACAUCUUGAUAAAUGUUAUAUAAUUUAACCCAUUUAAUCUUCAUAAAACUCUACAAUGUAGAUAUUCACAUUUUGUAGGAAAGCAAAACCCAUAAUUUGCCAAAGUUCUCAAAACAAAUAAAAGAUACGACUAAUAGAAUUUAAACUCAAAGCUCUGAUUCAGGACCCUAGCCUCUUAAUCACUGUAAUUUACUUAUUCCCAUAUUGGUAAAAUAGUUGUCCAAGGGUCUAAUAUGCAUUUAAAGUUCCUUAAAUUUUCCCCAACAUUUUAUUACAUUUUUAAAUGUGCAGAAAAAUUAAAAGAAUUGUACAAUGAACAGCCAUACAGCACCAUUUAGGUUCAAAAAUAUUUUACCAUAUUUGCUUUAUUACAUAUAUAUAAUUAUCAUUAUUUAUCAUCUUUGUGUGUGUGUGUAUUUCAGAGUAAUCUGCACACGUCAGUACUUAGCCCUAACCAUUUUAGCACUCUUAUUACUGGCCAUGAUAUUUAUCUACAUCUCUAGAUAAAAUUUACAUAUAGUGAAAUGGACAAAUCUUAAGCAUACCAUUUAAUGAGUUUUGAGAAAUACAUACACGUGACCCAAACUUUUCUCAAGACAUUAAUAGAAUAUUAUCACCCUCAGAAAGUUCCCUCCUUCCCCUUCCCAGUUAAUUCCUGACACCCAGCCCCAGAGGUAAGGAUGGAUUUUUAUUUUUUUCUCCCACCAAUUAGUUUGUCUGUUCUAGAACUUCAUAUAAACAGACCAUAUAGUAUAUACUCUUGUAUAAGGCUUCUUUGACUCAACCCAAUGUGUUUGCUAUUCAUCCAUGUUAUUGCUUGAAUUAGUAGUUCAUUUCUUUUCAUUGCUGAUUCGUUUUACAGUCUAUUCUUCUAUCAAUUAAUAUCUGUGCUAUUUCCUGUUUUUAGCUCCUUUGAGAUUUUAUUAUAUAAAUGUAUAGACAUAACCUGACAGUCUAUGUAUCCAAUCUGUUUUCAAUCCUUAUGCCACUGUGCAAGGUGAUUCAAAGAUCCUAACAUUAUAAAUUUUAUAAAAUCCCUUCCCUGUACUGCAAUUUCACAUCUCUGACUUUUCUGCUGCAUAGCAAGUCACUUGUCUUUAUUUAGAUGCAGGCCUUUCUCGCAAGCUAGUGUGUUAAGAUUUGUCUCAGCAAUAUAACAGAAUACUAAUUAGUCAUGUUGCAGUAUACCUAACAUAAACUUUCUGAUUCAUAUAUAAAUCCCAGAACCAAAACAGCUACUAAGCAAAAAAGCAUAAAGGGAAAAAUAAAAUCUCUUCUUGUGGAGAAACUUUAAAUUACACACUCAAAUGCAGUUUGAAACCAAGGUACUUGUACAGAUACUCUGGCGAUAACUUGCAUUACCUUUGCACAAAAACUGAUGUUUAUGUCUACAUUUUAAGUUUUAACACAUGGAGUCACAGUUUAUUCUCUCCCUCAUUCUCAUUCCCAUAUUCUUCAGUUACUAAGUUCUAUCAGUUAUUCUUUUGAACUGUCUUUUACACCAGUUUAUAUUCCAGGGCCAGGCAUGGUGGCUCAUGCCCAGCCACACUGCGAGGACAAGGCAGGAGGAUCACUUGAAGCCAAAAGUUCAAGAUUAGCCUGGACAACUUGGCAAGACCCCGUCUCUACAAAAAUAAGAAAUUUUAAAUUCGCCAGGUGUGGUGGUAACAUGCCUGUAGUCCCAGAUACUCAGGAGGCUGAGGCAGGAGAAUCGCUUGAGCCCAGGAAUUCGAGGCUGCAGUGAGCUAUGAUGCCACUGUACUCCAGCCUGGGCAACAAAGUGAGACCCUGUCUCAAAAAGAAAAAAAAAUCGAUAUAAACAUAAACUGAAAAAAAAAAUUGUAUUCCUACUGCCACAUCCACAAAUCAGGUCAUUUUCCCCUUAUUCCUGUACUGUCUCCCUAAUUUUUAUUCAUAUCCAAUCUUUCCCAUGUCCAUACUCUCAUACCUACUACCACUGAUUAAUCUUUAUAAAAUCCUAUUUCACCUUAUUAUAUACCUGUUAAAAAAAAAAUCCUGAGCAAUUCACCCAACCUAUAAAUUUAAAUUUUAGAGCUUAGCCUAACAUUCAGAGAGCUCUAGUAUCUACCCUGGCUCACUGCAGCCUCUGCCUCCUGGGCUCAAGUGAUCCUCCCAUCCAGCCACCCAAGUAGCUGGAACUACAGGCAAGUGCCACCACGCCUGGCUUUUUUUUUUUUUUUUUUUUUUCUCCAUGUAGAAAUGAGGUUUAGCCAUGUUGCCCAGGCUGGUCUUGAACUUCUGUCUUCAAGCAAUCCUCCUGCCUUGGCUUCCCAAAGUGCUGGGAUUACAGGCAUGAGCCACCAUGCCUGCCCUAUCUUUUCCAUUUUUAAAAAAUUAAACUCUCUUUACUUUCUCCCUAAUCCACUAUAGUCAAGACUCCUCCUCUAUCCAAAACGAUGUAGGGCAUAAAUAAUUAAUACGUAACUCACAAUGGUCUCUCUCUUUGGACUUCUCUAGCAUUUCUCCUCUGCAUCACUCAUUUUUUGUCGCUUACCCUACACUGCUGAGUAUUAAUUAUCUUUACAAGUACACCUCUUAUUCACCUAUGAUAGGAAUUUUUUUAGGGAUUCACUCAUCUCUUCUGUCUCCAACUACAUCUAGAGUCUUACACAUCAUGGAUGAUUAAUAAUGUUUUAAGCUGAUCCAUUUUUAUGAGUGAAAUAAAAUUGUCCUAGUUAAGAAGUAUUUCCUAUAGGAGAUAGUCUAAUCGAAAGCAUGUAUAUUCUUAUUCUGUAUAAUUUCUCAUACCUAAAUCAUAAAAAUGCAAUACUCAAUAAAUUUAUAUUUCUAUUUUGUAGUUUUUUAACAAACAUUUGGUAUUAUCUCUGGCAGGUUGCAAAAUGGCUAAGAGGGACUAAUUCAUCUGGAAUAAGUCAUCUAAAUUUACAAAACAAUUUUAAAAGGCAAUGGUAUUUUUUCCUCCAUUUAUAACAUUUGCUGUAAAGGGCAUGAUUUUGGUUUCCUCAAAUUGUAGUAAGUCCAUAUGUAAAUUAAGUAUCUCUGUCACGAAGAUUUCAAUAAAUGUGUUUAUAAUUAGAAAUAA